AUGGCCACAAUUCCAGAUAAUAUCCAGGAGUGUAACCUCCAUGUGGACUAUGUUAUCCGCUACAGCUUCGGAGACGUAGACCAAGCGCAAGCAAUUGGGCAGCUUGAGAAGCUGCUCCAAUCACUAGCCGAGGUUGGUCUUCAGGCAGAGGUCCGACAGGGCGAUGAGACAUCUUUGCUUGUAUUUGUGAAAGCUUCAGAAAAGCGAUUGAAACGGGCUGUCUAUCGGUCGCGAGUGCGCGACUGGCUCUAUGGAAUCCGCCAUGCUGAACCGACGCCUUCUAACUCAUCUGAGCCUCAGACGGAGGCUGAGCGCUUGCGUGUGAUCCAUCACAUGAUUACAUUACCCAAGGAAGAGGGCGGCGCUGCAAUCACACCCAACCAUGGUGAAUGGAAGAAUGUCACCGCUAUCUUCCCCCUACACGAUAUCGAGACCAAUAAAACGUGGAUGCGGGAUUGGAGCUCCAAGACCUUCCUUUCCGAUGACGACUUGGACCAGAUUCGAAACAAGUUCGGAGAAAGUGUUGGAUUUUACUUCUCAUUUCUGCAGUCAUACUUCCGAUUUUUGAUUUUCCCCGCUGCUUUUGGAUUUUCAUGUUGGUUCCUUUUGGGUGGAUAUUCAAUCAUCUAUACAGUCGUCAACUGCCUUUGGUGUAUAAUCUUCGUGGAAUACUGGAAGCGCCAGGAGGUUGAUCUGAGUUGCAGAUGGCAGACUAAGAAUGUUUCGGCCGUCCACACUGAAAGACGAGAGUUCAAGCCUGAAAAGGUGGUCUGCGAUGAGGGUACUGGUGAGAUGCGCGGUGUCUUUCCAGCAACCAAGCGCAUGCAACGGCAGUUACUCCAGAUUCCCUUCGCCUUGCUGGCGGCAAUUGCUCUGGGUACCAUCAUUGCGACUUGUUUUGCCAUUGAGAUCUUCAUCUCCGAGCUUUACAAUGGCCCUCUGAAGACAUACUUGGUCUUCAUUCCAACCAUUCUUGUAUCGGCGUUUGUACCAACCAUGAGUGCUAUCUUGACAUCUAUCGCCACGAAGCUCAAUGACUACGAGAACCACGAGACAAGCGAUGGGUACGACGUAGCACUGACCCAAAAGGUCUUUGUUAUCAACUUCAUCACGUCUUAUAUGCCCAUCUUCCUGACGGCCUUUGUCUACGUGCCCUUCGCCAGUCGAAUCGUCCCCUAUCUUGAUGUCUUCCAGUUGACAGUUCGGCCUUUCGUAUCGAAGGAACAUGCCGUCGCAAAGCGAUCAAACUUCCAAAUCGACCCGGCCCGCUUGCGAAACCAGGUUGUUUACUUCACUGUCACUGCCCAGAUCGUUGGUUUCGCCAUGGAGACUAUCGUGCCUUAUAUCAAACAGCACGCACUUCGUAAAUAUAAGAAGUACAACAAGGAACGCAACGGCAAGAUGGAUGGAAACGGCGACAAAGAAUCACCCGAGAGACCCGUUCGGUCCUUUGAUGACCCAGCCGAGGAAGUCCAGUUCCUCGCGCGUGUGCGCAACGAGGUCGAGCUUUCCGAGUACGAUGUGACCGAUGACCUACGUGAGAUGUGUAUUCAGUUUGGAUACUUGGCCCUUUUCUCUCCCACAUGGCCACUUGUUCCUCUCUCAUUCUUUGUGAACAACUGGAUCGAGCUGCGGUCAGACUUCUUUAAGAUCUGCAUGGAGUUCCGCCGACCUGUGCCACUACGGACCGACACUAUUGGACCCUGGCUCGAUAGCUUGGGAUUCCUUUCCUGGGUCGGAAGCAUCACCAGCGCUGCACUGUUGUACAUGUUCAGCGGCAACUCCCAGCAUGGGCCCAAUGGCGAGCCGACAGAUAUCAAAGGCUGGGCUCUACUUCUGACCAUCUUCUUCUCUGAACAUCUAUAUCUCAUUGUGCGGUACGCGGUUCGAGCUGGUAUGGCUCGAAUCGAGCCUCCUAAUUCCCGCAAGGAGCGCGCUGAGCGUUAUCUCAUGCGCAAGCGCUACCUCGAGUCGACUACAACAGCGGAGGCGGAUGAGGACAAGGAUGAAGAUGAUGUCGUCCCCAUGGCCGAGCCACCUGGGAUUUCACGCAGGUCUCUUGAAGAUGAUGCGCGGCAGACGUCCUUGCGUGGUGCCGACCCGGCAACCCGUUUCUGGAUGCAUCAGCGGGGAUGGACGGAGUCAGCAAAGAUUGGGGCCGGGAUUAUCCAAGCACAACCCAUCAAGAGCAGUGAGAAGAAGCAGCAGUAG